AUGUGUGAGCAGGCAGCCCGGUACUGCAGGGAUAGCGUCCACAAGCUCCUGCAACAACAGCACCCUCAUACCCGGGGACUGGACGGUCUGCUCCGCUGGAUUGUAACCAAGAUGAGCGAUAAGAGUGAGCGAGAGCUUAGAGGAGAGGAAGGCAGCCCCGGCGUGCAGGACAUUCCGUACCCGGGUACCAGGAGGGGCAUCUCCGUUAUAUUGGAUAUCUUCCGCCGAGCAGAUAAAAAUGAUGAUGGGAAGUUGUCCCUAGAUGAAUUUCAGACAUUUUUCUCCGACGGGACCCUUAAUGAGGAAGAGCUUGAGAAGCUGUUUCAUACUAUCGACUCUGACAACACCAAUAAUGUGGACACCAGGGAGCUCUGCGAUUAUUUUGCAAGUCACAUGGGGGAUUAUGAAGAUGUCCUUUCCUCUCUUGAAACCCUCAACCUUUCCAUCCUCAAGGCAAUGGACUAUACCAAGCGGGUGUAUGAAAAGGGUACAAAUGUGGAUCAGUUUGUGACACGGUUUCUACUAAAGGAGACAGCCAAUCAGAUCCAGUCCCUGCUGAAUUCCGUGGAGAGUGCUGUUGAUGCCAUAGAUGAGCAAACAAAUCAAAUCAGGCACUGCCAUAAUAAGACAGGACAAGGAGUCAUGGAAGGUUGGCAUGAUAAUCCUCCACCCACCUACCCGGGAAACCGAGCUACACCUAAAGAAAUGAGGAAGAGCAUCAAAAGUAGUUCCUCAGACAUCAAAGAAGAAGGUCUGGAGGCUCAAAUUAACAGACUUGCAGAGCUUAUUGGAAGACUGGAAAAUAAGACUCUGUUCUUUGAUUUGCACCAGAGGCUUUCAGACAGUGAAUGUUCCUCAACCGCAUAUCUUUUCCUGGUGCGGCAGGAGAUGAAGGUUUCUCAGGCAAAUAUGGGAGAAUUCUGCAGCUCUCUGAAGCAAUAUCUGAAGAACGUGUCAGGCCUAGAAGAAUGCUUCCAUGUAACAGCUGUGAGACUCCCAGAUGCAGUCACUUUUAUUGUCUAUGAAUUUUGGGAUACAGAAGAAGAGUGGAAAAGGCACCUACAGAGUGGAGUGUGCAAACAGUUCCAGCAUGUGAAGGUGGACACUCUUUCCCAGCCAGAAUCUGUUUCAAGCCUGUGUGUGCCAGCUGCUUGGUGUACCCUGAGUAGAAACUGAAACCUCUCGUCUUGGUGACAGAUCCGAGCUGACCAUUCCGUCAGUGAACCGCUGAGCGUUGCGUCUCCGCCCGACAUAAAGCCCUUGUAACUUUCAGCUGGGCCAGAGUGUGUCUCCUGAUGACUUUGUUCCAAGUGCUGUCUUUUAAAUCCACUUAGUGGGGAAUGUAUUUGCUUGUAAAAGGGAAUCCCCAUAGGAACCCCCUCCCUCUACUCAACUGCCUAAAAAAUAAAAGUACUGAACAGUGAGAAAUAUCUGACUGGGAAACAUAUACAAUAUAGGGCAACAACCAACUUUAAACGUUUGGUAUUAAAGAGGGAACCUCUAUAUAAAGUCAUGCCGGCUUCAUUCUGUUUGAUAGUGAUAACAGAGGCAUGAGUUUCAAUAGCAUCAUCUUGCCACAUUUCACCCUUUUACUCAUGAACAGGACUUCAUGUCACUGAAAAGCCGCUUACAUUAGUGUAUCAACGAACACCACUAGUUACAUAUAGAAACAAAUAUCAACUACUCAUCAUCACCUUACAGCACGAAGACCACCAAUAAUAUAGCGAGAUAUUAGCCUCUUUACUGACAGGUAAGGCUGGCACAGGAAGAUAAAGAGGUCAGAAGCCCCCCUUGUCCCCUCGUAUAGUAUCCCCCCCCCCCCACACACACACCCAAGUCAGAGUAUGUUUACAUUGUCCAGCCUCCAUAUGGAGCAGGGCACUCUAGUUUGUUUCUUGUUCCUAUUAACAAUGCAUGGCUAGAUUAGACGUUCAGUGCUCCGGGAGUGACAGCUCCUCACAGUGAUUGUUUUUUUUUAAUCUUAGGACAGAAAGGAACGCAGAAGCUUCUUGGAAUGUUGACUUUUCAAUGUAAUGUUUGAUAUUCUCUAAUUCUAUGUAAAAUUCUUAGUAUGAAUUUUAAAGCCUUGUGCAAUGCAGGAUGCCAGAAAAAAAAACACAUUUUAAAAAAAAAUAUUUAUUAUAGGAUAUGUACAGCUGAGUUAUACCUAAUAAAAAGCUUAAAACUUU